CGCGCCUGGAGGUGGAGAGAGCCGGCUGCGCGCACCGCCCGGGGGCUCCCGCCAGAGCCCAAACCCACGCACACAAGGGUCGCAGGCUGGGAAGUCUCUCAUCCCUACCCGUCAGGGAGCCCCCCACCACCUGACCGCGAAGGGCUGACAUAAGGGAGGGUUCGUGCCGCCAGGUCCUGGUUACUGACUGGAUAUGGUGGGCGCGCGCCCCGACUCCUCGUCCCACGCCCCCCUUCCUCUUCCCGCGCGCCCCUGGGGGGGGGGCUGGGGUUGGUGGGCGGGCAGGAGCGCACCUGGGUCCGUCCUCUCAGGGCUCGCUCGCUCGCUCAGGCACGCGUGCGCAGACGGGCGGGAGGGGAGAGGAGAUGCGCCCGGGCCCUGUGCUGGCCGGCCUGGCCCCCCUCAGCCUGUCUCUAUGGGCGCGCGCCGACAGCCUCGCGCACCGGCCCCGGGGCCCCGGCCGAAGGUGCGCGCGCAGCACCCCGGGAAGGUGGGAGGAGAGGCGGUGGCGGAAAGAUGCGCGCGCAGUCACCCGUCAGGGGAGGGAGAAUUGUGGAGCGUCCGCCAUCUUGUCUCCCUCUCCUUACCUGCGUCCUCGGGGGCGUGCGCUCCACCCCCCCUCCCGCCGAGGAGGGGGGAGGGCCCCCUCUUGGCUGCCGCCUUCGCGGCCUUUAAAUUCCCCUGGGGCCCGCGGCUACUUUCACCGCCUUGCUUCCACUGUCUCCUCUCGCGGCACAGAGAUGCGGGCGGUGGGUGGGAAAAAUGGAAGACGCUACUCUCAGCGAACCGCCGCCGCCGCUUCCGAGGCCCCACCAAAAUGGCCGCCGCCGUCUCGGCCGCCACCACCACCACCAGCACCACCACCAGCUCGCUAUCGCUACCGCCGGCGCGGCCCGUCCUCUCGCGAGAGACAAGCUGAAGCUGUUUGUCAGCAAGUUAAUAGUAGAGCCUGGGCCUCUGGAUUCCCCACCGCAGUCCACUUUAACAGAGAACGGCUUCGUUUUACGCAAGGGUAUUAUUCCCGGUAGCUCCCAAUCACCUUCAUGCCAUUUGUUGGCCAACUUUCUAGGUUAAGAACUCCUUUGAGAUGCCCUCACCCCAGAAUAGAAUAACAACAGUUACCUUCUACUGAGACCACUUUGUGCACUGA